AUGUCAGUGUCAAAGAUUUCAAAAGUGCGGAAUUAGAUUUUGGUGGUUAAAUUUAAAACUAAAAAGAUUCAGUGGUCUCAAUUCACUAUUCAGUGUCAAGGAAUUCUUGAAACCAGGAAUGGUUAUACUGAACAUUACGAGUAUGCUAUAGUGUCUAUUGGGACGUACAUACGAUGGAAGACCAUAACUUAAGUUAUGAACCGAUGGACAUAGAUCUCAGUGGUCAUUCUGUAAAAGAAAUGGAUAUAUCGGAUGUUUCUUACAACGACUCGCCAAUUAAAGUAAAAAGAGAAAUGGAAAAGCCUCACAGAUUUGAACAAAACCUCGACCUAAGUCGAGGUAGUCCUAUCAAAAGCCCGGUUAUAAAGAAAUUUCAUCUGAACAGAGAGAAACCGACAAGAAAUUCCGAAGGGACCACACGAAGAAUUAUUACGAUUUUAUUGAUAGGUGUAAUUCCUCUAUUAAUUAGUGCUAUCUACAAUAUAAAAUGUUAUGAUGACAUCAAUUUAAAUGUCUUAUCUGAAGCUCUAUCUAAUAGGUUAUUUGGUCAGUCGGAAGCUAUCAGGAUUAUGUUAGAUACUUUAGGAUUAGAAGAAAGAAGUAAAAUAUUGAUUUUCUCUGGUGGCACUGGAGUUGGGAAAACAUAUGCUUCUUCUAUACUAUUAGAGACCGUAGGGUCUUGCUCAAAUGUAUAUCAUUACACAAUGCCAAGCUUUGUAAAUUCAUUUACAACCGAUUUCAUGGUUGGUCUCACUAUAUGUAAGAACUCAUUAGUUAUAUUAGACGAUUUAACUGUAGAUGACAUACAUAUCAAGAAACAAAUUAAAGAACUCAUAGAUAAAAGUCAACAAUUAGAUAAGAACUUAACUGUUAUACUAAUUUUUAACUGCCAUGAAGCAACAACAGAAUUUAUCAAAAAAUGUGACGAGUCAUUCCAAAGCAAAGUUUUAGAACAAUUUGCUGAAAUUAAUGCAAUUAAGCAAAUUGUGAAUUUUAAAUCCUUAGAUGUGACACAUUUGAAGAAAUGUAUUAAGCAUGAGGUCCAAGGCCGAGUAAUAAGUGAUGAAGAGUUUGAUGAAAUAUUAAAAAACUUUGAUGUCACUCUUGAUGGUUGUAAAGGUGUUCACUCAAAGAUGAAGUAUCUGAAUGUUGUGUAAGGUAUGUUUUAAAAUUGUAUAACAUAUAGUAUAUUCCUAUGUAUAAUGUAAUUAGGUAUCAUGUAGAAUGGAGUCUUUGAUUAAAUUGUAUAUAGGUAUUUUUUGCUCAAUAAAUUUGACUUUGUUAGUA